CGGGGGCAUCAAUCCCAUUAUCGUGACCACCUUUCGAUAUCCAACAAGUGUCUCGCCCAGCAGGACUUUGGCAGCCCCCCCCAGCUCUCGGGCCUCGGCCGUCUCCACCUCCUAUCCAAAGCUAUCCCGACAACCCAAGGAAACCCGCCGAUCCAUCAUGAGCCCCACAGCCCAGGCCCCGCAAGGAGACGAGGCCGUCCAUCUGCCUCCCCACGCCACAGCGCCUGCCAACAUGGUCGGCACGGCCGACGAGGCUCUGGCUGGCGGGCGGCUGGAGCAGUCGCUAUCCCUGCUGCAGUCCCUGCGUCUGUACCGCAAGGCCGUCUUUUGGUCCAUCGCCCUGUCGACAGCUAUCGUUAUGGAAGGCUUCGACAUCAUCCUGAUUGGCACCUUUUACGCCUUCCCCGCGUUCCAGCGCAAGUUUGGCGAGCUGCAGCCCAACGGCUCAUACGAGCUCACGGCCGCGUGGCAGAGCGGGUUGUCCAACGGCUCCUACAUCGGACAGAUCAUCGGCCUCUGGAUCGCCGGCUACCUGGCCGACCGCUUCGGGUACAGGCGGACUAUGCUCUCGGGCCUGAGCCUAAUUGCGGCCUUCAUCUUCAUCCCAUUCUUCGCGCCCAACAUUGUCGUUCUCCUUGUAGGCCAGACCGCCAUGGGUGUCCCAUUGGGCUUCUUCCAAACUCUGGCCUGCACCUAUGCGUCGGACGUUUGCCCCACGCAGCUGCGCGCCUACUUGACCACCUACGUCAACCUAUGUUGGGUUAUUGGUCAGAUCAUCGCUUCUGGCGUGCUCAAGGGUCUGGUUGAACGCAACGACGACUGGGCUUUCCGGAUCCCCUUUGCGCUGCAAUGGAUCUGGCCCAUUGUCGUUGGUACCGCCAUCUUUCUCGCUCCCGAGUCUCCCUGGUGGCUGGUGCGCGUGGGGCGCAUCGCCGAGGCGCGACAGGCGGUGCUGCGUUUGACGGAUCGUGACGCGAUCCCCGACUUUGACGCUGACAAGGCCAUCGCCAUGAUGUCGUAUACCGACAGCAUCGAGAAGCAGACGUCCGAGGGGAUGUCGUAUGCUGACUGCUUCAGGGGCGUCGACCUGCGCCGGACUGAGAUCGUGUGCGGCGUCUGGGUCGUGCAGGUGCUGUGCGGCGCCUCGAUCAUGGGCUUCUCGUCCUAUUUCUACCAGCAGGCCGGCCUCAGCACCAGCAACGCCUUCACCAUGACCUUGGUGCAGUUUUGCCUCGGCGGCCUCGGGGUCUUCUUUUCGUGGUUCCUGAUGAACUGGUUCGGCCGCCGCACCCUCUACUUGGCGGGUGAGGCUGCCAUGAUCGUCAUCUUGGCCUUGAUCGGCUUCGUUUCGCUGGCGGGCACGCACAACGCGCCCGUGUCGUGGGCCAUUGGUAGCUUGCUGCUGCUCUUCACCUUCGUGUACGACUGCACCGUCGGCCCCGUGUGCUACUCGCUCGUCUCGGAGCUAAGCAGCACACGCCUCAAGAUCAAAACCGUCGUCCUGGCCCGCAACCUGUACAACCUACUUUCCAUCGUCACAAACAUCAUAACCCCCUCCAUGCUCAACCCCACGGCCUGGAACUGGGGGGCGCGCGCGGGAUUUUUUUGGGCUGGCACUUGCGCCCUCACCCUUGUCUGGACUUUUUUUCGCGUCCCCGAGCCGCGCGGCCGCACCUACGCUGAGCUCGACCUGCUGUUCGAGGCAAAGGUGUCGGCCCGCAAGUUCAAGUCCACCGUGGUCGAUAUGCCGCACCAGCUCAAAGACAACAUGGGGAAGAUGGCUCCCAACGCCAGCGCAGAAAAGGCAGAGGAGUCGAGGGUUGAGGUGGCCUGGGUGGGAGGGGAUGGCCUGCCCGACGCGGUGGCGGUUCACGUGGACGAGCAGAUGCAGUAAAUAUGGGGGAUUUCACUGGAAAUGUACGUAUUAUCCCGCCUCGACCGGCCGCGGCGGUCCCUAA